AUCGAACUGCAUUUUACGUUAUCGCGGGGAUCAAUGUUUUGAACACGUCUCGUUGUUACUUAAGUUUGUAGUUGAUUGUGAAUCGAAUAGUAGCUGAUGGUCGUAUAAGAACUACAGGCGGUAUCAAAACAAAUAACAUGUCUCAAGAAAAUGAAAAAAUUAAUCCAUGUGACAUAGAUGAAAUAGAAAUCAGUUCAGAUACUUCCGAAAAGGAAUCCAAAGAGCCCAAAACACAUGAACCACUGAAGAACUUUGUUUCACAAAUAUAUCGUGCAAAAUUCUUCGGGAAUACUUCCGUGUCUGAACCACGUGGUGAUUUUAUUUGUGAAAAAUCACUUGGUUUACUUAAAACUCAGUUGCUCACAUCAAAAUCACACAAAAAAAGAAUUCGAAUCCAUGUAGACACUAGUGGAAUCACUGUUAUUGGCUCUCGUAAUUCUACUGUGCAUCACAUGCACAAAUUUGAAAAUAUAACAUUUAUUUGGACUGACCCCUGUGAUCGAGAGUCAUGUGGGAUUAUAGUCAAACAAACAUUAAUUGGGGAUAAUGCAUAUCAAUUUUAUGGUUACAAACUUUACCAAAAUACUCCUAAACUAAUUGGUGUGUUAAAACAUAUUUACUCAAAUCUUGAGUUAUUACCACCUGAUGAAGAAGUACUGAGUAAAUCUGAAAAUUCUGCCGAUAUCAAUAUUAUCGACACUACCGAGAAAAACAAUUCUGAUUUGAUUCAGUUAAUAGAUAUAAGUGACAAUGUUGUUUCAGAUGACCAAAAAAACACUGACAAUGGAAAUGCUCAAAAAGUAUACGCAAGUAAUGGUCACAGUGUUUCCUGCAAUAAAAACGGUGAAAACAACUGGAUAACUUUUGAUGAUGAAUAUGAAAAUCAUGGGAUUAACUUGCCAAACUGUACAUCUACAAAUCUAGUAUCUCAUAAUCUUCAUAAUCAGUUGUUUAGUGACAAGGAUCCACGUUUCUUUUCACAAAUCAAUAUGAAUAGUCAAAUGUUCAAAAAUAAUUCUAGCCCAUUUAUGGAAAUGACUAAAUGUACAUUACAAAACACUACUGCUUAUUUAAAGUCAUAUUCAACAACAGCUAAUAUUUGGUCAAACAUACCUCCUGCUAUUCAAACUUUUCAGACUAAAACAUUCCCAUUGGAUGAUUCUUUUUGUAAUGGAACAUCCACACAACAACUUCAAACUGUUCUAAAUAAUCAAAUGUCUACCAUUAAUAAAAAUGUAACGAAUAAUCCAUUUUACAAUAUACCGGUUAACAAUACUCGGUUAAUUACAAAACCAACCUCUCCACUUGAUACAAUAUUUGAUAUAAAAUUAUUUAACUGAAAAAUGAAAAUCAUUCAUGAUUUAUCAUCAUAAAUGUUUUUUUUUCUACUCAUUAAACUCGUUAACUUCGAAAUUUAUUUCUUUUUUUAAGUUGAUAACAAUGAACAGUGAUAUUUUAAUAUGAUUCAUUUUGAUUUAUUCUUUUGAUAUGAUGCGUUGUGUUCAAUGAUUUUUUAAUUAGUUUUUAUUUUUUGAAAAACUGUUCACCAUUGCCUAUGUGUUGUACUCCUUUAUAUGUUUCUUGUAAAAUUCAAAAGUAUGAUUUGUACUGAGUAUCUAAUUGGUAACCUUGUUGUCAUAUUGAAAAGAUAAAUGUUUCUUAUUAAUCUGA